AUGGCAGAUCUGUGGCAUCCUUUACAAGGGGUUUCGAUUACAGAGAUGGAGGACAGGCGAAUUCUUUUUAGAUUUUAUAGUAAAGUUGAUUUGAAACGGGUGGUGGAUGGCAUGCCAUGGUUUUUUAACCGACAUUUAAUAGUAUUCCAUAGAGUACAAAAGGGGGAGAUUCCAUCAGCGGUUCCAUUGUGGACCACGAUAUUCUGGGUGCAGGUUCAUAAUUUACCGCCGGGAUUCUUUACAGAAGGCAUGGCGCGACAACUGGGGAAUUUUAUUGGGAUAUUUUAUGAGUAUGAUGCAGCAUUGAUUACGAAGGGGGUGACUAAAUACAUGCGGAUACAUGUUCUAUUGGAUGUGCGGAGCCCACUCAAAAGGAAGAAAAAGAUAAGUAUAGGGAGAAAUCAAUGCAUAUAUGUGUUAUUCCAGUACGAAAAAUUACCAUUGUUUUGUUUCUUAUGUGGGCGGCUUGGGCAUGGGGAGAAUUUUUGUCCUAUUCGACUAGCUUUGAGUGAUCAACAAGUGGAGUUUGGAUGGGAUAUUUCACUAAGGGCAACACCAAUGAGGGGAGGGCAAGUGGUAAGUAGAUGGCUAAGGGAUGAUACUAAUGAAGGAAGAUGGACACGUAUGGAGUUAGAGGGGGAACCGAGGACAAGAAGAUUCGAAGAUGAUGUGACGAACUAG